AUGAAAGUUAUCCCAUGGCUUCUAUACACUAUAAACAUUUUUUACUACACUUGUUAUAUUAAAUGUCAGGAUUCAGAGCCAGUAGCACAACAAAGGCAAUUGACACCUUCAUUAUUUGCCAAACCAAUGACUUCAGAUGGAAUGGUUAAUCAACCAAUUAGAGCUUUUGUUUCUGGAUUACGUGUUGAACCCCAUGAUAUAGCUAGUGGUGAUGGUGGUCAUAAACCAAAUAAUGGUUAUGCUGGUUCAGGAAUUUCAUUAGUUGAAGCAGAUGAAGCUGUACGUGUUGUACUUUUUGGUUGGUGGCUUGACGAAUUAGCCGAAGUUGUUUUUACUAAUAAUAAUAAUUGUUCAUCAAGUAAUAUUAGAGUGCCUUAUGGAAGAUUUGAUUCUGUUACAAAUAAACGUCUUGUUGUUGAAGUUACAUUUCCAGAAAGUCGAGAGUAUUAUAAAUUAUGUAUAAAACAAAAAGAUAGUGCAGAAUUAUUAAAUGGUCUUAAACCAUUUCCUUAUUUUAUUGUUGAUGAUGUUCAUGCAUAUAUCUCAACAAAUAUUCCUGAUCGCCAAUAUAUACUGCCUUUCUGGAUUGAAGUAUCAGUUAUUAGUGUUUUUUUGGUACUUUCGGGUUUAUUCUCAGGUUUAAAUCUUGGUCUUAUGGCAUUGACACCUCAAGAAUUGAUGUUAAUACAAAAAUCAGGUUCAAAAACAGAAAAAAAAUAUGCUGAAGCAAUUAUACCAAUUAGAAAAAGUGGUAAUCUUUUAUUAUGUUCUCUUCUUAUAGGAAAUGUAUGUGUUAAUUCUGCAAUAUCUAUUUUAAUGGAUGAUUUAACAUCAGGAAUUGUUGCUUUAAUAGCAUCAUCAGCUGGUAUUGUUGUAUUUGGUGAAAUAUUUCCUCAAUCACUCUGUGUUAAAAAAGGUCUUGCUGUUGGAGCAAGAACAAUAUGGAUAACAAGAUUUUUUAUGAUGUUAACAUUUCCAUUAGCUUAUCCAAUUUCAAAAGUUCUUGAUUUUAUAUUAGGUGAUGAAGUAGUAUCAUAUGAUAGAAAAAGGCUUAUGGAAUUGAUAAAAUUAACUACUAGAAAUGAAGCAGGAUUAGCUGAAGAAUUAAAAAUUGCUGUUGGAGCUAUGGAAAUAUCAGAUAAAACUGUCAAAGAUGUCAUGACAAAUAUUGAUGAUGUAUUUAUGCUUCCUGAUAGUACUAUAUUAAAUGCCAAAAGUGUUACUGAAAUACUUAACAUGGGAUAUACUAGAAUUCCUAUUUAUGGUGGAAAUGAUAAACAUAAUGUUGUUGCAUUGUUAUUUGUUAAAGAUCUUGCUUUAAUGGAUCCUGAUGAUAAUUUUACUGUUAAAACAGUAUGUGCAUAUAAUGAACAUGUUCUUAGAUUUGUUAUGGAAGAUACACCAUUACGUGUUAUGUUAGAAGAAUUUAAAAAAGGUGAUUAUCAUUUAGCUAUGGUACAAAGAGUUGUUCAAAAAGGAAAUGGAGAUCCAACAUAUGAAUUAUCUGGUUUAGUUACACUUGAAGAUAUUGUUGAAGAAAUAUUACAAGCUGAAAUUGUUGAUGAAACAGAUGUUAUAACUGAUAAUGUUCAUAAAAUUCGUAGAAGGCGAACAAAAGGAAAAGAUUUGACAAAUUGUUUUCUUGAUAAUAAUGAAGUACCAGAAAUUAUAUCAAUGCAAUUACAAAUGGUUGCUGUUCAAUUUCUAACAACUUAUCAUCCUGCUUUUUCAUCUAAUAGAAUAAGCCAACAUAUUUUAUCAAAAUUAAUUAAACAAAAUGUGCAUAAAGUUGAUUUAACACAAUUACAAGAUAUUGGAAAUAUUAAAACAGCUUCAAGAAGGGCUAAACUUUAUACUUCUCAAGAACAAUCUGAUCGUUUUAUUUUAAUACUUGAAGGAAGAGUUAUGGUAACAAUAGGUAAAGAUUCAAUGACAUUUGAAGCCGGUCCAUGGCAUUGUCUUGGUAGAGAAAUUCUUGAUAAACUUUUAAUUGUUUGCCCUCCAGCAUUUCCUGAUGAAAGAAAAUGUAAAAGUCUUGGUAAUGUAAAUAGUUCACCUAAUCCAGGACAACGUGAAAGUAUAUCAAGUGCUAGUGAUAAAAAUAGACUAAUAACAUUUACACCUGAUUAUACGGCUGUUGUAAGAGAUACAUGUACAUAUUUAGAUAUAUCAGCUUCUGCUUAUAUUGUUGGAUAUAAGACAAGUCUUCUACAACGUGAAGGAGGUAUUACUAAUCAACCAAUUUCUCCAUCAUCUAAUGGUGAAGUUAAAAGAAGUUCUUUAAACGAUUUAUCAUCAACAAUUAAUGAAUCAUUAUUUGAAAGUAAUGAAAUAGAUGUUAAAGAAAAAGAAAGUUUUUUUAAUGAAGGACAGAAUAUUUUUGAAUUAGAAGAAAAUAAAAAUAGUAAAAUUUCACCAAAGACAAUAGAACGUAAAUUAUCUACAUCUUCAAUUCUAAAGAUUGAUGAAACUUCAACUGAGUCAACAGCACUUAUUCAAAAAGAUAUUAAUGAAAAAUAA